AUGGCCUCAGACUUGAAGGUGCAGAUUCUUAUCCCAGCCACGUCGUACUUGGCAGCAUACAGCCCCAACCUAAUUGAAGAGUAUGAGGAGAUUAAAGAGGAGGAACAUCAUGUCAAAAUUGAGGAAAAUCAUUUACAGACUGAUGGUAUUUUCAAAAGGAGAGACAAGAAUCGUUUCACCUGCACUCAGUGUGGAAGGAGUUUGGCAAGACAAAGCAAUCUUAAGAUUCACAUGAGGAUCCACACUGGAGAGAAACCAUACACAUGUACUCAUUGUCGGAAGAGUUUCAGCCGAGCACCUUCCCUUUAUAGACACAUGAAAAUCCACACUGGAGAGAAACCAUUCACAUGCACUCAGUGUGGGAAGAGUUUCAUCCAGUCAUCACACCUUAAUCAACACAUAAGGAUCCACACUGGAGAGAAACCAUUCACAUGCACUGUGUGUGGGAACAAUUUCAACCACUCAUCAUCCCUUAAUCUACACAUGAAGAGCCACACUGGUAUACGAGAGCAUAUGUGCUUUGAGUGUGAGAAGAGUUUUAUUACAGCUGGAGACCUAAAACGGCACCAGAGGAUUCACACUGGAGAGAAACCUUACAAGUGUUCACACCCUUACAAAAAAUAACUGCAGUAAAG